AUGGGACUCCACACAACCGACGAUCAAGAGUACGCCGAGCUUAUGAAGCAUCAUGGCAAGGGCAACUUCCUCUAUGUCCCUGAACGAUUUAGCAGACUGCACCCAGGAUCCAUUGGUUACUUUGACAAAGAAGGAGGAUGGAACGAGAUCACCGAUCUUUCACAGCCUGGCCGUGCCGAGGCCGAUGGAUUCACGGCCAUCGGUCGCACCCUGACUCUCGAUGAACCUAGGGAAGCCAUGUGGAAGACCAUGUCAUCGGAAAGCGGCAGUGAGAGCAGCCUGCGUCUCACUGGUGGCUUGUCUGGCGCGGCGGCGGCCGCCCCAGUCGAUGUAUCGGCCACAGGAAAGAACAAGAGAACUUCUGAUAAAAAGGCCGCUCUCAUCACCGGGUCCAUCGUCAAACAUGAGAAGUUUAUCGCGCCUUACUUCCCGCCUAUUCAAAGUUGGGUUAAGAAGAAUGCCCGCGCGCUUGUCGAGUCGGACUUUGGCGAUGAGAUUAAGAAGAAUGGACUGUGGGCUAUUCAGUCUACUUGGGUCACUCCGGAAUGUGCCAUUACCAUGACUAGCGACAAGAGCCGUGACUUUGAUGUGGGAUUGGACGUGGGUGCCACUGGGUUCGGCAAGCUUGGUGCUGGGGGAAAUUCACUCCAGAAGCUUAAGAGUGAGGGCUGGUCGACAUAUGAAGCGAAAGAGAGCGAUAAGGGCCUGGUGGUCUCGUUUGGGGGUGCCUGUUACAAGUUGAAGCCAUUCUCAAGGUGGAGGUCAACUCCUUUGUCGCAGGUCGAAAGAGCCGGGGAGACUGAGAGUCUGGUCCCUGUCUAUGAUGCAGAUGGAAAUAUUACAGGUUAUGAGAAAGAGAAGAAGCCUGAAAAUGAAGACAAGGAAGACAAGGGAGCUGCAGCAGAGGAUGCAGAGGAGGAGGAAAUGUCGAUCGACAUUGAGGGUGCUCCGGUUGGGUUGACUGACAGUGACAUUGAGGCAGAGCAACAAUGUGCAAAGGAAGAGCAAGAAAGGAUGCAAGCAGAGUUCACAGCAAAGGCUAAGGAGAUGAUGGAGAUCCCAGAUGCACAGGAGAGAGAUGCGGCGCGGAAGAAGCUGCUGGAAGAGUAUUCCUAUACAACAACCACAGUGACAAUGAAGUCUUGGAUCUGA